UGGAUAGUACCCGGCGUAUGCUGGCGCUAUGUGAGGAGAGUCACGAGGUCGGAAUGAGGUCUCUUGUCAUGUUGGAUGAGCAAGGCGAACAACUGGACCGUAUCGAGGAGGGUAUGGACCAGAUCAAUGCAGACAUGAAGGAGGCAGAAAAGAAUCUCACGGGGAUGGAGAAGUGCUGUGGACUGUGUGUCUUGCCUUGUAACAAGUCUGCCUCGUUCAAGGAGGAUGAGGGUACCUGGAAAGGUAAUGAUGACGGGAAGGUGGUAAAUAACCAGCCCCAGAGGGUGAUGGAUGACCGUAACGGCCUUGGACCGCAGAGUGGCUAUAUCGCCAGGAUCACCAACGAUGCUCGGGAAGACGAGAUGGAAGAGAACAUGACACAGGUGAACACGAUGAUCGGUAACUUGCGGAACAUGGCCAUCGACAUGGGCUCUGAACUGGAGAACCAGAACAGACAGAUCGACAGGAUCAAUCGCAAGGGUGAAUCCAAUGAGACAAGGAUAGCUGUGGCUAACCAGCGAGCUCACGACCUUCUCAAGUAAAUUGCAACUGCAUGUCGCUUCCCUGGUUCUGUAGUGACAGCCGGCGUGUCUCCCCUCCGUCGUGGGUGGACACGCAGGCCGCCAGCGUUAUAUCAUUAGGGGAUCAUAUUUUGAAAUUCAUAUUUAUUACUAGGAUCAGAAUAGUUUUGUAUAAUUAAUGUGAUUUUAUUGUCUAAAUAUUCUCCCAUGAUGAAUAUAGGUUUGCUUUAGAAGCACAAAAUAUAUCAGCCUAGUCUUAACAGUCGUAUGGUGGGAGCUUGUAAGUUGAAAUUUGUUUUAGAACGAAAACCUUCUCGGUUACAGUAAUUAUACCAAUUAAUUUUUCUUCAAUAAAGUAAUGUUUUCGAUGUAGAAAACUUGUGUAUUUUAUUGUGUGAUAUUUCGUGAAAUUUAUAUGGAAUUAAAUUAAUAUAUUUACAUUUAUUUUAGAUUUUAUUGUUAGCUUUCUGUGAUUUAGACUUAUUGGCUUGAUGAUUGUUAUAAUAUAUUCAUUAGUGUAGACGUUAAUAGUCUUACAGUUGUUGAUUAUUUAAGUUUAGAAGUAAAGCUAAAAAUUUGUUUAAUGAAGCACUUUUGUUGAGGUCGUGGUGAUAUUGUUCCCACCAUUGAUUCAGCUUCUUUCAUAGAAGACUGUGAUUUAAUACAUGUAGCACUUGUGUAAAAAGUUUGCUUCCUUGGAAGAAUAUUUCUAUUUUAUCCAUUGUCAGCUUGCAGACCUAACUGAUAUAAUAAAGGAAUGCAUCAUAGUUUAAUCGUAUGAAUAGCUCUUAAUUUUUGUGGAAGUAUUUUUGAAACAUCUUGGUAUAUUUUGUAAAGUUUUGUCUGUCGUAAUGUACCGCAACUAGUGCGUAGCCCGUAUUUAAAGCCACAUGUAGAGUGUCGUUCUCAUUUUUGAAGAAUCCUCUUGAUUUGUUUUUGUGUAAGUUUAUGUUGGAGCAAGAUGUGCGCUCGGUUCCACUGGCCAGGUCGGUUGAUUGUUCCCAAUGAUUCAAUUCAUUGUACCGUAAGACAACUCCAAAUUUAUUUACCCUUGUACAUAGCGUAGGUGUUGCUUUGCUUACAGUUACGUGAACCAUUAUGUAUAUAUGUACAGUUGAGGAAGGUGAGAAUGCAAUGUACAUAGGCCGCAUUUAUCAAACGGGUGCGAUGGUAUUCGUUUUGUUAGCUAAUUAUAGAUUUUUAUUACCUUAAGUGAUAUGGGAAUUGGGAAAUAGAUUGCAGGAGGAUGUGACACAUUUUUGUGCUUCUCUGUGUAUUGCAAUUUGGAUAUUGAUAUCAGUCACGGAAUUUUGGCAAGUUGUACACUUUUCAGAAUAUGAAAAGAACAAUCUGGGUAUUAUAUGACUGCAAACGAUUGCAAAUACAACUAGAUGUAUGAAAAUAAAAGUAUGCUAAAUAGGUGAUUGCAAAAUUUCCUUUCCAAUUGAAGAGGAAAUUGUUUAGAAUGGAGAUUUCUCUUGCAACUUAUUCUAUUAAUUUCCAUUUCUCGGCUUAGUGCCCAUUUCAAAAAUAACUUAAAUGUUAAAAAUUUAGAUCAUAGAAUUUUUAUUUACUUUAAAUAUAAUAAAUAUUAAAAGUUGCCUUUCUCACUUGCUGUAGUUAGCUGACUCUGUUGCUUUUAGUAUAAUUUUAGUCUUCCUAAAAGAAACUCUGUUAUUUUACAUAAGUUAUAACUAUUCAAUCGCAUUUGCUGUAAUUAUUGAAAUAUUUGUAUUCAGUACUUUUAAGGUCUAAAUAUAACUGUUGUGUGUAUAUUUCAAACUUGUUGGUUUUAAGAAAUUGAGAUCACUUAUUCAGUAUUGUAUCAUUAAUAAGUUUUAAAAUGGUAAUAUUAGUUUAAUUUUUCUCGUAUUAAAAUGUUAUAAAGUACCAAAUUUGCAUCUAAAGAGACUGCAGUUCUUAAAACUUUGUAUUGACAAAAAUAUUAAAUUUGCAUUAUUUCUUUUAUUUAGAAAACCUAUAUGUUUUGGUUUUACCCUGCUGAAAAUGUUUAAAGUGAAAGAAUUAGUAGUAUUUAGCAGAACUUCAAAUUUAAAACCCAUAAAUUAAAUUUGUUGAGUUGCAUUGCCAGUUUAUUGCUUGACAUUUUAUGACUGCUCAAAAAAGUAUUAGAAUUUAGAAUCGUUGUAAAGUGGCUCUAGUUUAGCUUGCUUUUCUACAAAAUUACUCUAGUGCCAGACAAGUAAUUCUCUGCCAUAUCUGCUGGUUAAAGCUGUCCAUUCCCAUGUGAGCCUGUUGGUACGUUUGUGAGGGAAGUAUUCUCAUAGGACAUAAAGUAAAUUUUUAUUUUUAAAUUUUUAGGUUUGAGUAAAGUCUAUUUUCUUAUGUCUCAUAAAACUAAACUCAUAGUUUCUAAAUGGUAACCAGUAGAAUAUGUUUUUUAGUUGCAUGGUACAUCAGUUUUGUCCACUGUGGCAUAUAAAAUAUUGUUGUGACUAAAUUUUUAAUUUGAAAGUUCAUGCAGUAUUUGUAAAUAAUACUGCAAAAAUCAUGGAUUCUAAUUGUGUUUCUCAGUUAACAUUUUUAACAUAGCGCUCAACAGUUUAAAUGCUAGUAAUGGGAAGGAGAUGAAAAAUGGACUUCGUGAUCUUUUUCCUGCCUUUCUAAAUCAUUUGCAAUUAAAAUUUCAAUAGCUAAAAAAUUAAAACUGCUAUAAAAUGCUUCAUAAAAGUUGUCCAUUUCUCCAUGCAGUGGAUGGUUUUUCAUAAUGAAUCCUUUAAAAGUAGUUGAAAUCUAAUUUCCAAUAUAGUCUGCUUACUUGGAACAGUAGGAAAAGAACGAUUGUAUAGCGAAUGAGGCAGUGGGGUGGAUGAUGUGCUAGAUGUACUACACUGUUGUAAGCGACUUUCUCUAUUGGUUUUGAAAAAAUCAGUGGUUUGUUUGUAAAAAAUAUAUUUAAAGCACAAUUUCCUGAAAUAGAAUAAUGAGCAGGUUUUAUUGCAGUUUACCAUAAAUAUUUCUUUAAGUAUUUUAUGACUUUAGUUCUUCCCUCCUAACAAAGUACAAAAAUUGUAAAAAAAUUGUACAAAAUAUUGAUUUUUCAUAUACUUUACAAAAUUCGUUUAACAGUUAGGAUUCACAAGCAAUAAUUCAUAUAUCUCUAGUGAUUUUCAUGUGACUUAAAUUUGUAAUUCUAUUUAUUUCAUUUAUAAACCUACUGUUAUUUUGAAAUUACUGAAUUCUUUUUUUAGUCAAAGAUCAGUUUUUAUUUUGAAUACUUUAAAAUUUUUAAUCACUUUUCUCAAGUGUUCCAUUAUCUACAAGUUGUUUCCUGUUUAACUAAUUUGAGAUAUCGAACAAAGUUCACAUAGUAUUGAUAAGAUAUUUUUCUGAUAAGGAAGUUUGACAGUUAACGAUGGAAGUUGUUACAUUAAUUGUAUUUAAAUCCCACUAGAAACAUUGUAAAUGUUAUGUUAUAGCUUUUGAAAUCUGGUUGAAUAAAAUUAUAUACUGUGGCAAUUUAAA